UCGCUCCUUUCAAUGAUCGUGCAAGAAGAGAUGCGGUUAGUCAGAUUUUUAGCUUCGUGAGGGCGCAGUGUGUCACCGGAGAGUCGCGCCGUAAAAUGACCGUCAGUCAAAAACGCAUCGACAUCUGAGUGCGUUUGAGGACAGACACGAUGAUGACGAUGAAGACGACGAGACGAGCGGACAGCCCGCGCGCUCAGCCUGCUUUACCGCAGUGGAUGCGCAUGUAUUUCUACGGGAUGCACGGAGUCACGCUGGACAUCCUGCUGUCGUCCGCGUGCAGGUUCCUGGAUCACAACGACUUCAAACUGCUGGGCUUCUCUUCUCCGUAUCUGUGCGUCGUGCAUGCUAUUACGCAUCUGGUUUUGGAGAAGAUCUACCUGCAAAAAAGAUGCUUUCAGGAGCGACCUGUCGUUUUCCACCUCGUCUUCUACCCGUCCUUGUACAUCUGCCUGCAGAUCUUAAUAGGGAAUGUGGUGACCUGCACGGAAAACAUCAGAGUGGUUUCCAUCACGCAGCUCGUUGUGCAUUACAUCCUGGCUUUGUACUUCACGAAUGUCUUUCAUAAAGGCUUCCUGAGUCUGCAGUAUCAGGAAAAGCGGGUGUUAUUGAGGUCAUCCCGCCCGAAUGGGUUACACGGCGUCCUGCGCUUCGUGUUCUUCGGGAUGCAUGGCUUUCUGGACGAGGUGCUCUUCACCUCUGUGUUCAACCUGUUUGAGAAAGAGGACCGGGACUUGAUGGGCCACACGUCCCUGUGGUCCUUCUUCAUGUAUGGAAGCUGCAGCUUCGUGGUGGAGAAGCUCUACCUCCAUCUGCACUUCAGGAGAGGAUGGGGAACCUUGCAGCGGCUUCCCAUCUACAUCUGCUUCAUCUACACGUGGGAGUUCAGCUGGGGCUUCGCUCUGAGACAGUAUGGGGCCUGCUCCUGGGACUAUUCCCACUAUCCUCUCAAUUUCAUGGGACUGGUGACAUUGCUGUAUCUUCCAGGAUGGGUCUGUCUGAGUCUGUAUCAAGACGUCUUGUCGAAUGUUCUGCUGAGGGUUGUGUGCAGUGAAAGGAAUGAUGAGGAUAUGCCAAACGCUGGCGCCAAUGGACGCCUGCUGCCAAAAGGGAAGCUGGAGGAGGACAAACAGCAUGUGGGCUUUACCUAAUAUAUCCUCCUGGGACCAGCAGAAAGGCAUUUGAACGUUUGAUGCUUGAGAAAGAAUUGAGAAGCUUUUUCAAAAGAGGAGGUUUGGGGCUAGUUGUCACUUCAGGUUUAUUUUUGAAAGUCAAUUUCUAUAGACUCGCUGUAGAUUUCA